GCCGUUCUCACUCUCGGCUAUGGCGGAGGCCUCGGUUGGGAGGCAAAGCCCAAGGAUCGUGCCUUAUCCUGCACAUAACUUAUGUUCUGGGCGAUCCAAUCUUCAUACCACGGCAGUGGUGUCUAUGGGCUCAGCUGACCACCGAUUCAACCUGGCUGAGAUCCUGUCCCAGAACUACGGAGUACAGGAAAAGGCGGAGGAGGCCGACGAGGAACCAGACCACGCAGAAGAGAAAGCGAAGCCUUUGGAAGAGAUAGAGAAGAGUUUCAAUGCCGCCCAGAAUAGUGAAAUGCCCUUUGAAGAGCUCCUGGCACUGUAUGGCUAUGAGGCUUCUGACGCCAUCUCUGAGCAGGGGAGUGAGAGCAACGAUGCUACGCCCAACCUUCCAGACAUGACCCUGGAUAAGGAGCAGAUAGCAAAGGAUCUACUUUCCGGAGAAGAAGAGGAGGAGACGCAGUCCUCGGCCGAUGACCUGACACCUUCGGUCACUUCUCACGAUGCAUCAGACCUUUUUCCCAAUCAGACCAGCUCUAAUUUUGUGGCAGAUGGAGACAAGGCUCCUUGUUCCUCCCCUUGUGCUUCCUUCUCCGCUGAAGACUCGGAAGAAGAUUCCAUCGCUGCUAAUGACUGCAAGAAGGAGAUCAUGGUGGGACCUCAGUAUCAAGCCGUUGUCCCUCUCUUGCACUUGAACAGGCAGGGGGAAAAAGUCUAUGAAAAUGAUGACCAGUUGCUGUGGGACCCAAACAUCCUUCCGGAGAGGGAGGUGGAGGAAUUCCUCUUCCGAGCCAUCAAGAGGAGGUGGGAUGAGGUCUCCAACGCCAGGCUUCCUGAAGGAGAGAUGGUGAAGGAUAACGAACAAGCGCUCUACGAAUUGGUGAAAUGUAACUUCAACGCAGAAGAAGCUUUACGGCGACUCCGGUUCAACGUGAAGGUCAUUCGAGAUGAGCUCUGCGCCUGGAGUGAAGAAGAAUGCAGGAACUUUGAACAUGGAUUCCGGGUGCAUGGAAAAAACUUCCACCUCAUUCAAGCCAACAAGGUCCGGACUCGGUCGGUGGGCGAGUGCGUGGAAUACUAUUACAUAUGGAAGAAAUUGGAGCGGUACGACUACUUCACCCAACAGACGCGGUUCGGAAGGAAGAAGGAUUACGUGGAUAACUUCUUAGAUGGCGGGGAAGUGGAAAGCGCCAGCCGCGCGCGAAGCUCUCCGCCCAUCGCGUCGGCCACCGGCUGCCUGGACUCCUGUUUCAACCCGGAUCAUUUAACAAUGGAGACCGCAGAGCCGUUGAGCAUCGAAAGCGCAGCCUGCAGUCUCGGCAGCACCAGCGAAUCCGGGCACGGCUACGAGUGCAGCACGCCUUCGGAAACAAACUGUUCCUUCGACCCCCCCGAGGAGGUGCCCCCCGCCAGCCGUGUCCCGCCGUACCUUCAGCACCCACCAAACCCCUCCGAAGCCGGAUUCUACCAGAUGGCUGCGACGGACAAGCAGGAGGAGCCCUUGCGUUGCUCGGGAGACGUCGUCCCCGUGGACUUCGCCCCACUCCCCGAGAGCGUCACGGAAAGAUUACCUUUAAUUUCCAGCCACGCGGGACUGGAGGGCGAUCCAGAGACGUUGGUGGCCCCCGCGCAAGUGUCCUUAGCUGUCCCUGAUUUCAGCCUCCUGGGUCUUGGAGAAGUCGAUAGCCUCCUGACCACACCGCAAUCCUGUCCGGCGCCCGUGGCCCAUUCAGACUCAGUGUCUCAGUGACAGUGGCCACCGAGAGGUCCACGGUAGGCCAG